CAAGCUUGACACCUUGGGACCCAUUUUCACUCAUUUGGCAAAAAUGCCAAAAAGGAAAUCCUCACCCUAUCUCCCUCAUUUUUCUCUCGGCCAGCACAAACCCAAGCAAGAAAAAGAAAACCUCCAUCCUUCUUUUUCCAUCCUUGAAGAGAGCUCAAACAAUAGGGGUCCAAGGAGGAAGAUUAAAGAGUUAAGAAGUUAGGAAAAGUGGGAAGAAAUAAGGAACUUGAUUAAAGUAUUUUUGAGCUUCGCCGGAGUUGGUCAAAGUUCGCCGGAAUUAGUCAAAGCUCAAUCGGGAAGCGUAGAACGCGCGUAAGCUCACUUAAGGUAGAACUUAAAGGUUGCUACCAUCGCCGUUGCUUUCGGAGGAUCCAAGGAGAGAAGAUGUGGUUCGUGCUUCCUCCGUUUCCAUUUUUACAAACUAUUUAAAUUAAUGCUCAUGGAUAUUAUUUUUAAAUAUUUAUUUGGGGGCUUGUAUGCCCAUGUUUGCCAAGGUGUGGCAUGAACACUUGUAUUGAAUGUUUCUGCUGCUUUGAAUGAAUAUUUUACAUUAUGUUUGUUUAUGGAUGUACUAUGUGUGAAUGAUAUUCCAGACGCCUUGUAUAUUAUGGAUGUGUUGGACAGCGGUUGACUAUUCGUACUGUACGGCGGAUUGUUGACGUGUCCGGGUAGAUCCGGGGCGUGACAAUAAGCAUCCAUUACAACCACUCGAAUGUUAUGAGUGUGAGACAAAUUUAGUUUUUAAGAAAUUGUCCUACACGGAAGUACAAAUAUUUAUGAAUUCCAAAAUAAGACUACCAUAUUUAAUUAUUUUUAAUCCCUUGCGGAGUAAUUAUUGUUAUAGUUUGGCAUUAGCAUGCUUUAAAUAUGACAAUACUUUUCGAACUUGACAUUAUUUACUCCUAUUUUUUGGAAAAUUAUUUACUCAUAUUUAAAAAAUAAAAAUAUAAUACUCUUAUUUUGAAAUUCAAAAACUAUUUUACUCUUAUUCCAUCAAUUUUCUCUUUUUUCGAUCACAAAUUUAAGGCAGACCUUAGGACACUACUUGGGGCCUUGGGCACAACGGGAUAUCCCAAACGAUAUAAAACCAGAACAAGGUCAUGAUCUUACAAACUGAAACUAUGAAAACAAAUGAAUGUACCCGCUAAGACAUUUAAGGGGAUGUAUUGUAUUGAGAUUUAGUGGUAAAAUUUUAGAAGUCCGUGGAUUUUAGAAAUCUAGAUGUAUUCAAUUAGGAUUUUUAAAAGUUCAUAAAAAUACAGGUGUAUUCAAUUAGGAUUUCUAAAAGUCAAUAAAAGUACGGGUGUAUUCAAAAUAUAUUAACAAAUCUUGUGGAAUUACAAAAUAAUGGAUUUUCAUGGACUUUAGACCUACUCAUAUAUACAAUCGUUCUGGUCAAUUGUCUCGUGCUUCCCGUAGAGAUUUCACGCAGACUUUCUCCCUUGGUUCUCUUCUCCUCUUCUUUUGCUCGCCUCGCCAAGAACAACCGCCUCUCCAAAAAAACUCCAGCGUGCAGGAGUACAUAAUUUUCUUCAACGUGAAUGUCGAUCUGACGAAUUUCCUCCGGACCCAGAAGAAGACCCACCUAACGAUAAUGAGGACAAUCUUGAAUGGGAUAAUUUUCAGAUACAAGAUCAACAGAGGGAAACAGCCAAUGAAUGAAGGAUGAAUCUUGCUACUCAAAUGUGGGCAGCUGCAUAAAAUGAAUAAUUUUGAUCCUAGUUUAGUAGCACAAGACGUUUGUUCCCAUUUUGUGCAUUGAUGACAUUAUUUUUUUCUUAUAUUUUUUAAUGCUUAUGCUUGACCUCAUUCGGAAUAGAGAACAUUAGCUAUUAUAUUUGUCAUAUUUUC